AUGGAUCAUCAUGACUGGCAGAGGGGAAGGAGCAGAGGUCAUCGACACCAUGAUGAUGAUGAUGAGGCACAGCCGGAGUACAUUGGUGUCCCAGUCUCCCACAGGCGGAAGAGGCGCCGACACCACUCCCAUGCCAGUGACGCCGAACAUAGCGCACGACACGAGCACUACGAUCAUCACACCCAUCGAGACAACUCCCACCGAAGCUAUCACCACGACAGAGAGGAGCACUAUGACGAUGAGGAGGGGAGUCUGGAUCGUCAUGGGCACACCAACCUCACAGUGUCCCCUGCAGCGGAGCGGCUGCGCCACAUACUGGGGGAAGAUGACAACACCCCAACACCCACCAUAUUCACUGAGAUGGACACACUACAGAACGAGGGGGGGGAAUUAGAGUGGAAAGAGUCUGCAAGGUGGGUGAAGUUUGAGGAGAAGGUGGAGGAGGGAGGAGAAAGAUGGAGCAAGCCUCAUGUCUCCACACUGACCCUCCACAGCCUGUUUGAGCUCAGGACCUGUCUGCAGACAGGAAGCAUUCUGCUCGACCUGGAAGGCUAUUCUCUGCCACAGAUAGUGGAUGACAUCGUGGAUCGACAAAUUGCCGACGGUCUCAUCCUUCCUGAUCUGAAGGAGAAGAUCACUUUUGUGUUGCUGAGGAAACACCGUCACCAGACCAAGAAACCAAUGCACCGUUCUCUGGCAGACAUAGGGAAGUCCUCCAACACUUCUUCGAGCCGUAGUCCUCAGGUUAAUCUGAGUCGUAGCAAUAUUUCAGUUUCUGGGAACCACCGCUCCACAGAAGACCUACGUUCUCGGCAGUCAGGCAGCCUUGGCCGCAUGCAUCCUUCCCAGAGCCGAAGCAUGAACGACAUUUCAGACACUCCGAGCACAGACCAGCUGAAAAACAAGUUCAUGAAGAAGAUUCCACGCGAUGCCGAGGCAUCCAACGUCCUGAUUGGCGAGGUGGAUUUUUUGGACAAGCCCUUUGUCUCCUUUGUUCGUUUGGCUCAAGCCACAACACUAGGAGGCCUCACUGAGGUCCCUGUGCCCACCAGGUUUCUAUUCAUCUUGCUGGGUCCUCAUGGCAAAACCAAAUCCUAUAAUGAGAUUGGCAGAGCUAUUGCUACACUCAUGGUGGACGACCUGUUCAGUGAUGUUGCCUACAAAGCAAGGGACCGUGAUGACCUUAUUGCAGGUGUUGACGAGUUUCUGGAUGAGGUGAUUGUCCUCCCUCCAGGGGAAUGGGAUCCAAAAAUUCGCAUUGAACCUCCCAAGAAGGUUCCAUCGGCUGAAAUGAGGCACUCAGUGCUUAACCUGAACGAACUGGGUCAAGUGAACGGCUCAGCAGGUGGAGCAGCUGGAGGAGAAGAUGAAGAGAUGCCUGCUCCGCAUGAGCUCGGAGAAGAGCUGAAAUUCACUGGGAGGUUUUGCGGUGGAUUGUGGCUGGACAUUAAAAGGAAGGCCCCUUGGCUUUGCAGUGAUAUCUAUGAUGGCUUCCAUAUUCAGUCCAUCUCUGCUGUGCUCUUCAUCUACCUUGGCUGCAUCACAAAUGCCAUCACCUUUGGAGGCCUGCUGGGGGAGGCUACAGACAAUUACCAGGGUGUGAUGGAGAGUUUCCUUGGCACUGCUUUGGCUGGAACUGUCUUUUGUUUGUUUGGUGGACAACCUCUUAUCAUCCUCAGUUCGACAGGACCCAUUCUCAUCUUUGAAAAGCUGCUUUAUGAAUUCAGCAAGAAUAACGGUAUAGACUACAUGGAGCUGCGUCUCUGGAUCGGCCUCCACUCCUGUCUGCAGUGUUUUGUGCUGGUCAUCUCAGACGCCAGCUACAUCAUCAAGUACAUGACCCGCUUCACAGAGGAGGGUUUCUCCAGCCUCAUCUCCUUCAUAUUCAUCUCUGACGCCAUUAAGAAGAUGGUAGGAGCCUUUAAGUAUUAUCCAAUUAACCGUGGCUUCAAGCCGGACUAUGUAACAGCCUACAAAUGUGACUGCAUCGCUCCAGACCAGGCUCCACUCGGAGAUGAUAACAUGACUCUGCUGUUUAACUUGACUGGCCAGGACUGGAGUCAGCUGAGUAAGAAGGAGUGCGCCAAGUAUGGCGGCACUCUGCUGGGGAACUCCUGUAAGUAUGUUCCUGACCUGGCACUCAUGUCCUUCAUCCUCUUCUUCGGAACGUAUUCCAUGACCGUUUCUCUUAAGAAGUUCAAGUUCAGCCGCUACUUCCCGACAAAGCUCCGUACCCUGAUCAGUGACUUUGCCAUCAUCAUUUCUAUUCUGGUCUUCUGCGGGUUGGACAGCCUGCUGGAGCUGAACACCCCCAAGCUGCACGUGCCCACUGACAUCAAGCUGAGGAAGUUAAUCAGUGAUUUUGCCAUCUUCAUGUCAAUCAUGUCCUUUGUGGGUCUGGACAUGUUGAUGGGGUUAGACACUCCCAAACUAAUCGUUCCAACUGAGUUCAAGCCGACACGUCCUGAGCGUGGCUGGUUGGUGAUGCCGUUUGGAAAGAACCCCUGGUGGUGGUAUGUGGCCAGCUUUGUUCCCGCCCUUCUCGUCACAAUCCUCAUCUUCAUGGACCAACAGAUCAGUGCUGUCAUCGUAAACCGCAAGGAAAAUAAACUGAAGAAAGGUUGUGGCUACCACUUGGACCUGUUCUGGGUGGGGGUACUGAUGGCUGUGUGCUCCUUCAUGGGUCUGCCCUGGUACGUAGCAGCUACAGUCAUCUCCAUUGCCCACAUCGACUCUCUGAAGAUGGAGAGCGAAUCGAGCGCCCCCGGAGAGCAGCCACAGUUCCUGGGUGUCAGGGAGCAGAGAUUGACAGGUAUCCUGGUGUUUGUAAUGACCGGACUCUCCAUCUUCCUCGCUCCGGUCCUCCAGUUCAUCCCCAUGCCAGUCCUGUAUGGAGUGUUCCUCUACAUGGGAGUUGCCUCACUGAGUGGUAUCCAGUUCUGGGAGCGCAUGAAGCUGUAUCUCAUGCCGGCCAAACACCAGCCAGACUUCUCCUUCCUGCGUCACGUCCCUCUGAGACGCGUCCAUCUUUUCACCCUGGUCCAGAUCAUCUGUCUGGCUGUCCUCUGGACCCUCAAGUCCACAUUCCUGGCCAUCAUCUUCCCAGUGAUGAUUCUGGGUCUGAUGGUUGUACGGAAGCUGCUGGAUCUGAUGUUCUCGCAGCACGACUUGGCCUGGUUGGACGACAUCCUACCAGACAAGGACAAGAAGAAGAAGGAGGAUGAGAAGAAGAUUAAGAAAGAAAAGAAGGCGGCAGAGCCAGAGAGCGACGAGGAGUGUUGCUGAAAAGGCACUGUACAACACUUACUACAACCUUUUUGUCUGUCUACCUUCCUUUUAUUACUGAUCUGCCUCUCCCUCUGUUUUCCUAGACUUCACACUCUUAGCACCUUCGUGUCCCUUCAUGUCCUUUUUGUUUGGUGUGAGGACAGUGCUGAUGUCCGAGACAAGGCUGGUGCUGUUCUAUAUUUUUGUUACAAUCGAAUAAAAAACAUGCGAAGUCCAAAACUAACAAUGUGUCGAGUCUUAGUCACAUCAGACCGUGGCACAAUGAAAUGAAUCCUCCUGAAAUAUUUAGCUCAAGGGGCUUGAUGACAUCACAGGAAGAGAGAGAGACACUAGAGGGGUAAAUAUAGAAAAGGAUUAAUAAAAACAUAUUUGGUCAGCAGAGUGGAUUCAUAAUAUGUUCUGGGGGUGGGGGAUGAAAGAUGCUAUUCCUUUAAAAACAUCUGUUAGUUCAUGUUUUGUAGAAAUCACAUCUAAACACUUUUACUAAAAGCAGUCUAGAUAUGUUAUUUAACUAUAAUGUAAAUUUUACUUAAACAUAUGUUACGUACAAAUGUAGUCUGAGUAAAAUGUAUGAGGAAAGUGUGAGUGCAUUAUAUGUCUAAGGAUGAAAUUGCUAGAUUACUCUACUUGAAUGUUCCUCUGCAUCAUGACUGUUUGUAUUGUUGUUUAUCCUCUGAGGUCAUAUUAAGAAAACUGGACUCACAGCGUCAAUUUCGCCCUAGAUUAUAGACUCUGGCUUCCUGCUGCGUUAUAGA